AACCCUCCCUCCCCUCUCCUCCCUCUUAGGCUGAGCUGGGGCACAUAUUCAGCUUGCUGUGGUUGGCAAGGGGCGACACCAGGUGACAUAGCUGUGUAUCCACCUCAAGAGAAAUAGAAGACGCGGGGGGGGGCAAACCUUCCAAAGAACAGCUUUGGAGACAUAGAGGGAGAAAGGGUGAGAGAAGGAAGAAUGUCGCAGAGAGCAGACGCAUCCUGCACUGAAUCAACUGUGUUACAGCAUCAGCACCAGAGCAGAGACGAUGAGGCCUGAACUGUGUGUGUGUUCCCAUCCACCUGAGGGGAGCGACAGGCAAAUGCAGAUCAGAGGGGACACAGGCCCUCUGACAUCGGCACGGUGAGGUAACACAGAGGGAGAAGCUGUUCUAUUGGAGGCCUUGUGAGGAAAAGCCAUCCUACCCCACAGGGGUGACAUGAUUGCAUUUACCCUGGAGGGAAAAGAAAACCAGACAAGGAGAAAUUGGUAUGAUCCACCAAAUAAACCAAAUAGAGGCAUCGACUACUAUUAUUUCCAGGUUGUAAUCCGUAUAUAAUCCAAGAUCUGCAUUAUCUGCUUUCCUGCCAACCAAAGACUUUCUUCACAGAGACUGUGAGAUUUUCUAAAAAUGUAACGUCCCUCUUUAAAGAGGGCUGGGACAGGUCGGUUGCAGCUGUGAACAGGGAGGGGGUACAGGGGCAUAGGGGGCACAGGCGUUAAGAUGCAGAUCUCCCCCCAGAGGAGAGUCGCUGCAGAGGAGGCUGGAGGCCUCUCUCUGAAUCAUGUGCUCUCGUGGGGUGGGGAGGAAAACGGAGCAGGGGGUACGCAGUGGCAGAGCUGGAGAGAGGGAAAGAAUCCGAGGGAGAGUCCGUGCUGUUAUUGGUCAGCUAGAAGGAAUCUUGCGGGACCUCAAGGAAGUGGCCAAAGAACUGAGAGAGGUUGUGGAGCAGAUAGACAGACUCACUUCGGACUUUGAAUUUGAGCUGGACACUGAUGAUUGGACUCCAGGAACUAUAAGCAGUACAUCUAGCAGUGAAAAGGGUGGUCCUCUCUGUGACCUGGGGCCUCUGGACUUUCUCAGCUCAGACAGCUGGGAAUUCUGCUCCUUCCUUGAAGCUUCAACACCCUCAGACUCUGGAGAUGGUUCAGAUCGCCCCCCUGACUUCAGACUGCUGAAUGGAGGAGCCACCCCUAAUGGGCCAGAUUCUUCUAGUGAGGAGAUUCCUAUUGCACCACAGAAACCUCCUCCAUCAAAGAAUGCAGGCUCCAGGGACAGAGUGAGGUUCAGUGACAAAGUUUUGUAUCAUGCACUCUGUUGUGAUGACAGUGAAGAUCCCCCUUUUAGUCACGAGACUCCACGGGACCCCCCUAAGGAAACUGUUCCUUGUGCUGUGCUGAAGAGUAAACCUGGAGGGCUUACUGGAGUCAAAAAGGGGACUAGGAACUGCAGUACCCAGACUGUGUGUGACAAGAGCACCCAAACUGUUCUUCCUUACGUGCCAAAAAAAGGCAAGGAUAAACAUUAGCAGAAGUUAAGUUGAGAGUGAAAGAAGCAUAAGGUGGAGAGGGAACAGGUGGAAAAAAAUAAUAAAACAGAGAAAUUAAGGGAGAAGUGAGCAUCAAAAUGGAAAAAAGAUAAUUAAAAAAUUAGGUUUUUGGUGAGUGUCAGAAUGAGGAGAGAGAUCAAGUAAAAAGGUAUGAAAUGAGCUUUAGUUACACACUAAACAUGACUACUUUACAGGCAAUACAUGGUGCACUUUUUAACCUUUCUAGUGAACUGCUGAGGGGACAGCAGAGUGGGACCAAUAUAACCCCACUGUGAACUAACUACCCAGCUCCCUCUUCCCUGCUGUGACCUCAUAAUCCCUGCUGAGACCUCACAUGUUUUUGUCCCGUGCCAGCAAAAUAUUUAACUGCACAUCUAUAUUAGUAAAAGAAAAAAAUGAAAAUGUAAAUAUUGUUCAUAAAUAUUUAUCUAUAUACAGGAUGGUCGUGUCUUUACGUUUACUGUCAGACAAUGAAUGGCCUCUGGUAAGAAAAUCCUUGCAGAUCCAGGGUUCCACCUUAAGGCUGGACCUCAUAUAAACAUUAUAGGGUGCGUUUAUAGUAAUAUAUUCUAAAUAAACAAAUUAAUAUUA